ACUUGUCAGCACUUGUCCAGCCCUGCUGGGAAGAAGGAGGAGAGGCAUUCCCUCUGCAGUGGAAAUCAACAAACAGGCUUCUGCUUUCUUCAACAGUCCCUUGUGCAAAGGGCUAGUGUGAGUCAGCACUCAGGCUCGAGUGACACCAGUCCUCAGGAAAGCCUGGGCGAGAGACCUGCAAAGCUGAGGUCCUCCUGGAGUGCUGCUUCCCUAAGAGCACUGUGUCUGAGAACCCUUGAUGUCUCUGUAGACCGGCACGACUAGCCCCACAACACAGCCCGUUCCUGCAGCUCCACAUACUGACCUACCGUGGCCCUACUCCUACAGAAUGGGUCUGCUCUGGUCCCUGGUACUCUGCGUCCUGGCCCAGGCCGCUUGCUGUAGGGCUGAAUCUCCACCCCAGCAGGCUCUCAGCUCCCUGCCUCUGCUUUCCCGGGGCUGCCAUGAUUCAGAUGUGCUGGCGGUCUCAGGCUUGGCCCUGCAGAGCAUCAACAGAGACCAGAAGGAUGGCUAUGUGCUAGAGCUCAACCGAGUGCAUGAUGUCUGGGAACACAGACAGGAUAGCCAGGGAUCUCUCUUCUACCUCACACUGGAUGUGCUAGAGACCAGCUGCCAUGUGCUCAGCAGGAAGGAGUGGAAGGACUGCAGCCCAAGGACGCUUCAUGAAUCGGUUUAUGGUCAAUGCAAAGCGAUGUUUUACUUUAACAAGCCAAAAAGAAUCCUCUAUUUGCCUGCUUAUAACUGUACUCUUCGCCCAGUUUCUAGAAGAGGGAUUCAUAAUAUGUGCCCUGACUGCCCAAGUCCCAGCUCCACUGACUUGUCAGAUCUUAGGGUUUUGGAAGCCGCUACUGAAUCUCUUGCAAAAUACAACAGUAAAAGCACCUUGAAGCAGUACUCUCUUGACAAAGUCACCAGGGCUUCUACCCAGUGGGUGGUUGGCCCUGCUUACUUUGUGGAAUAUUUAAUCAGAGAGUCACCAUGUACCAAAUCCCAGGCCAGCAGCUGCUCACUCAAGUCCUCUGACUCUAUGCCUGUUGGUCUUUGCCAAGGUUCUCUGACUCAAGCUCACACAGAAAAGUUUGUCUCUGUGACUUGUGACUUCUUCAAAUCACAGAUCCAGGCCCCUGGGGGUGAGAACUCUACUGUUAACCAAGGUUCUGGAAGCCUCCCCAGGGUGGAACAGCCCCUGCAGGAAAACACAACCUCUUCCAGCUCCCCCCAGGAAACUGUGCCAGUGGGAUCUGUCCAACACCUCCCUGAGCUGGAUGAUGAGAAACCCAACGGUUCCCAGGAAAAGGACCAUCAGGAGGCCUUUCCAGUGCAGCUGAAUCUAACCACCAAUGCCCAGGGAAACACCCUGCAUAGCCUGGGCUUCCAGCAAGAGAAGCUGGUUGUCCUGCCUUUCCCCAAAGAACAGCACUCUGCGGAGUGCCCAGGGCCUGCCCGGGUGACCAGCCAUCUUGUCCUCCCUCCUUGAGAAUCACAGACAACAUUCCAUGGGUGGUGUCCUGUAGAAGAUGAGGUGUGGUGCGGACAGGACAGCGAGACCUAGAGUGGCUAAUAAAGUGUGUCUAUUUGACUGUU